CGCUUCAGUAUCGCGGCGCAUUUUUCAAGUGUCGCCGGCCUGAGUGAGCGAGCGAGUGCUUUCCAUUCUUUGUUACGUUCGUCCCAGCAGGCGCUAAACUCUUUGUUUAUACAAAACGCAGUUCGCGAAACGCCGGCCGCUAAUUGUCCGCGAGUGCGAAAAGAAACGUUAUUUAUCCACGGCCCUUCCAAUUAAGUAAGCGGACACACGGAAUUUUGCAGCUGACACUUGGACAGAGGGCGCAAUUACACCGACAUCAAUCACCUCGACAAAUUUCACCCUCGCGCUUUCGCACAGGCACUACAAAUGAAACCGAGCGGCGGCGGCGUAUUUUUGGCACCGGCCUUUGCCAGCGAGUGACGCGCCGAGUGCAUUUAUUAUUUGCACAGCUUUCUUCAGCGCGUGAAUCAAAGGAGAGCGCUGGGAAGGUGGCCUGUCGGCGGCCGGUUGGCGGCCGGAAGUGGAAGCUGAUUAGGAAUGCUCGCGCUGAUUACGACACACUGACAACACUAAAAUGCCGCGCAAAGUGCCGCUCGCCACCAUCAAGAGCGCCUCUUUCGACGAAGACGUCGUCCCCGACGAUGAUGCCGCCGCCGUCCAAGUCCGGCCACAAAAGUUCAACGGCGGUGUCAAUAUUUCUCCAAAAUCAGGCCAGCAUGAGGCCAGCGAAGUGCAAGUCAGCGCCUACCUCAAAUCGCACCCCGACUUUCUUGAGCAGUGGCUCAUGGAGGAGGUGGAUCUGGAGCAACUGGAGCGGUGGAUGAUCCGCAAGAUGCAGCGCGACAAGAAAAAGCAGCCGGCUGACGCAAAUGGAAAAGUUGGCAGAAAGACUAGUCUAUCCCGGUGGAAGUUCUGCGUGCAUGCAGAUAAGAGACAGAUGCUGCAGGAGUUGACCCAUUCUCUGCAAACAAAACCGGACCGCUCCAACGUGCUUUGGGAGUUGGCCAGCUGCAUCUGCUCGGCGGUCAGCGCCGACGGCUUCAGGCUCUACUUGGCCGAGCCCAACCCGAGUGGCGUCGAAAACAUCAGGGGCUCCGAACUGAUGGGACAAUACCUGGGCCACGACAUCAGAUCAGAGAGUGGGGAGCCUCUGCUGAUUCCAAUCAGCUCUCCCACGACCGUUCCUGAGUUCGUGGCCCGCAGUCGAGAACCGCUAAGACUUUCCAAAGGCUCAGGAGACCAAAGAUUUCCGGUGCCGUCGCCGCGUUCCGAAGGCAAAGACAAUUCGGUUUUGGAAGCGGAACACGCGCUGUGGCAGCCGAUUGUGCAGGCGGACAGCGAGAUGACGGGCGUGUUGCUGAUGUGGCGGCGGCAGGGGCCGGCGUUCCACGAAGAGGACGAGGAGAUCGCGCGGAGUUACCUGGUGUGGGGCGGCAUCGCCCUGCACUACGCCCAGCUCUUCUUGUCCAUCGACAAGACCCGCAGACUUAACGACUUCCUCCUCAAAGUGGUCAAAUCGAUUUUCCAAGACAUGGUGAGCAUGGACGCUUUGGUUGUGAAAGUGAUGACGUACGCGCAGCGUCUGGUGGACGCGGACAGGGCGUCGCUUUUCCUCGUCGACUCGAGGAGCAAAGAGCUCUACGCAAGAAUAUUCGACAUGGGCACUGACGACAGCAAGGACAGCGAGGAAAAUUCGUCAACUCGAGGCAAGGAGAUAAGAUUUCCCCUGGGCACCGGGAUCGCAGGUCAAGUGGCUCUGACGGGCGAAGUGCUCAACAUCACGGACGCGUACUCGGACCCGCGGUUCAACCGGACCGUGGACCAGCUGACCGGCUACCACACACGGACCAUCCUGUGCAUGCCCAUCUUCAUCAGGGGCAUCACCAUCGGCGUCGUGCAAAUGGUCAACAAACGCUGCGGCCUCUUCACAAAGGAGGACGAGGAGGCUUUUGAGACGUUCGCCGUGUACUGCGGCCUGGCGCUGCACCACGCCAAGUUGUACGAGAAAAUCCAGCGCUCGGAACAAAAGUACCGCGUCGCCCUCGACGUCCUCAGCUACCACAACACCUGCUCUGAGGACGAGGUGCUCAUGAUGAAGAGCAUGACCGAGAUCAACCCCGAGGGACCAACGAGAGACUCCACUAACAAGGCAGUUCUGCCCGUGGACUCGGUGGGAUCACCGUCAAUUGAUGUUGCUAGCUACUACUUCAACAUCUACGCGCUGGACGACAUGAAGAAGGUGCGCUACGCCGUCUCCAUGUUCAGCGAGCUGUUCGGCAUGUCCCGCUUCGACCAGGACAACAUCAUCCGCUUCACGCUGACCGUGCGCAAAAACUACCGCCGCGUGCCCUACCACAACUGGGCGCACGGCUUUUCCGUCGCCAACUCGAUGUAUUCCAUCAUCAAGCAUUCCAGAGAGAUCUUCAAGCCCAAUGAGUGCUUGGCCUUGUACAUCGGCUCGCUAUGCCAUGACCUCGACCACAGGGGUAAAAACAACAAGUUCAUGCUGGACACGGAGUCACCACUGGCCAGCAUCUACAGCACCAGCACCAUGGAACAUCACCACUUUAAUCAAACAAUCACGAUUUUGCAACAGGAGGGCCACAACAUAUUCAGCAAGCUCAGCAGCGAGGAGUACAAGCAGGUGCUGUCCAACAUCAAGCACUGCAUUCUGGCGACGGACCUGGCCCUCUUUUUCCCCAACAAGGCCCGCCUCACGAAAAUCGUCGAGGACGGACUAUUUUCAUGGACCAACCCGGAGCACAGGUUGUUGCUUGAGGCGAUCACGAUGACGGCGAGCGACCUCUCCGCCAGCGCCAAACCCUGGGAGCUGCAAGUGAAAACCGUCAAAGUGAUUUUCGAGGAGUUCUACGAACAGGGUGACCAAGAAAAAAUGGCUGGCCGCGUGCCAAUUCCCUUGAUGGAUCGUGACAAAGAAUCUGAGUUGGCCGAGAUGCAGGUUGGCUUCAUAAAUGGAAUUUGCAUUCCGUGCUACUCGCUGCUCUACAAACUGCUGCCCGAGACCAAGCCCUUAUUGGAUCAGUGCAAGGCCAACCUGGCCCGAUGGGAGCGACUUAACGAGGAGCAAAAGAAGCUGAGAGAAAGCAAAGCAGCGGCGUCCUGAACGCUACCCAUUUCCUAUUUGAAAAUAUGCUGUAUUUUCCCAAGAGAGGUGCUCGCUAGUCCUCUAUUUUUUGCUGGAGUAAUCAAAUUAAAAAAAUAUAUAUUAUCAUGUUGUGUACUUUUCUCACCGAGACGAUGGAUUCAAACUACGCUUAAUGUUAAACGUGAUUGUGAUUCUGAUAAUACUAUGGAAAAAAACCACUGUGAGAAUCAAUGUUGUCUAACUUCGGAGGGUUCUAUCAAAUAAUGAAAAUAAAUGAAAAUUAUAAUGGUGCAUUUAAACGUAAGACGAGAUUGGUUAAAUAAAAAUGAACAAUCAUGAUUUUGGUUCGACAGACACGCUCUUCACUAAAUAGAAUUUUUGUGACAACCAAAUAAAUGUUCUGUAAC